ACGAAUUGUUCAAUCAGAGCUGCUCAAUCGAGACCCAAUGGCGCGUCAAUGAUGGAGGGAAGCAUUAUAGCAACCAGCAAUAUCAGAGGAGUGCAGAAAACAACAUGGCGAAGAGAGGACUGGCAGUGCAGGAUCUGUCCAAAUUGGACGUCACUACCCUGACACCUCUGUCCCCGGAGGUCAUCUCCCGGCAAGCCACCAUCAACAUCGGCACCAUCGGACAUGUGGCACACGGGAAGUCAACAGUGGUGAAAGCCAUCAGUGGUGUGCAGACGGUGCGCUUCAAGAAUGAGCUUGAGCGCAACAUCACCAUCAAACUGGGCUAUGCCAAUGCCAAAAUAUACAAGGCGAAGGAUCCACGCGUCCCCAGGCCAUCGUCUUACAAGGCAUACGGGAGCAGCAAGGAGGACAACCCUGCUUGCGACUACCCGGGCUUUGAGAAUACAGACAUGGAGCUUGUCCGGCAUGUCUCCUUUGUGGACUGCCCAGGGCACGACAUUCUCAUGGCUACCAUGCUGAACGGAGCGGCUGUCAUGGACGGCGCUCUGCUGCUCAUUGCUGCCAAUGAGACCUGCCCGCAGCCGCAGACGAGCGAGCACUUGGCCGCGGUGGAGAUUAUGCGGCUGGAGCACAUCAUCAUCCUGCAGAACAAAAUUGACUUGAUCAGCGAGAGUGCUGCCCAGAAUCAGAACGACGCGAUCCAGGACUUCAUCAAGGGAACGAUUGCGGAGAAGGCGCCGGUGGUGCCCAUCAGCGCGCAGCUCAAGUACAACGUAGACGCGGUGUGCGAGUACAUCGUCAAGCGCAUUCCCGUCCCCGUGCGCGACUUUGUGUCCCCGCCGCAAAUGAUCGUCAUCCGCUCCUUUGACGUCAACAAGCCCGGCUCCGAGGUCAAUGAGCUGCGCGGCGGCGUCGCCGGCGGCUCCAUCCUGCAGGGAGUGCUGAGGAUGGGCCAGGAGAUCGAGGUGCGGCCUGGGAUCGUGAGCAAGGACUCUGAGGGGCGCUCCACGUGCACGCCCAUCUACUCGCGUAUCGUGUCCCUCUUCACUGAGCAGAACGAGCUCCAGUACGCCGUCCCCGGCGGCCUGAUCGGCGUCGGCACAACGGUCGACCCCACGCUAACGCGGGCGGAUCGGCUGGUGGGUCAAGUGCUGGGCGAGGUGGGAGCGCUGCCGGACGUGUACACAGAGCUGGAGGUCAAUUUCUUCCUGCUGCGGCGCCUGCUGGGAGUGCGCACACUGGGCGGUGAGAAGCAGGGCAAGGUCAGCAAGCUGGUGAAGAACGAGGUGCUCAUGCUCAACAUCGGUUCCAUGUGCACGGGCGCAUGCGUCGUUGCGGUGAAGGCUGAUUUGGCAAAGCUGAGGUUGACAUCGCCAGUCUGCACAAAGGAGCAGGAGAAGGUUGCGCUGAGUCGCAGGGUGGACAAGCACUGGCGCCUUAUUGGCUGGGGGCAGAUCCAGAAGGGACAGAAGAUGGACCUUCCCAAGCGCUCCUGA